AUGGAUAUAAGAGGCGGCGACUCCCCAUCGAUCGAGCGGAAGCUGCCAUCGUCCCGUUUCAAGGGAGUCGUCCCGCAGCCCAACGGGCGCUGGGGCGCCCAGAUCUACGAGAAGCACAAGCGCGUGUGGCUCGGCACUUUCGACACCAAGGACGAGGCCGCCCGCGUCUACGACACCGCCGCCCUUCGCUUCCGCGGCCGCGACGCCGUCACCAACUUCCCCCCCACGCCCGCCGUCGACUCCGUGGAGGAGACCUUCCUGGCGUCCCGCUCCAAGGUCGAGCUCGUUAACAUGCUCCGCAAGCACGCCUACGCGGACGAGCUCGAGCAGUGCCGCCGCCACGGAGGAUUAUUCCCCUCGGGACCCCGCGAACACCUCUUCGAGAAGGCCAUGACUCCCAGCGAUGUCGGCAAGCUCCGCCUCGUCAUCCCCAAGGAGCACGCGGAGAAGCACUUGAUACACCUCAGAAACAGCAACAUGAGUUCGAAGGGGGUUCUGUUGAAUUUCAAGGAUAUUGGAGGGGGGAAGGUGUGGCGGUUCAGGUACUCGUACUGGAGCAGCAGCCAGAGCUACGUGCUGUCCAAUGGAUGGAGCCGUUUUGUGAAGGAGAAGAAUCUGAGGGUUGGGGACGUUGUGGCUUUCCAGACGUCGGAGGGUCAGCUCUAUAUUUACACCAAGUGUAAGAGCGGUGAUGGCACGGGACGGGUAGUGAGGCUGUUUGGAGUCGACAUAUUCGAGAAGAACGACGGUUGGUCGAUUGAUGAUGAUGAUAUGGUGGUGUGGAGUGGGUAUAUUGAUGAUGCCUUGUGA